AUGACAAUUCAUCAAUGGGCGGGCACCGCAACAAUUUCCCAUUCUGCUGCCUCAGCUUCGUCAGUGCAACAAACGAAAAAUGGGGAAUGGAUUGGAAUCCAAAUGCCUAAUUCCGGUUCGCCUCAGCGCUACCUGUACAAUGGGGAGGCCAGAGCAGCAAACUUGGGCCAAUUUCUUUUUCUUUUUCUUCCUUCUCCUUCCAUUCAUUCAAAAGCUAGGGUCGGGGGGGUCGAGGUGCAGGGGAGGGGGUGUGUGAGAUCGCGCCCUUUGCGUGCGGUGAGAACAAAAGGGUUUUUUCUUCUGUUCAUGCGAGACCCAGGUCUGUGGAUUCUUCCGAGACUGCGAGAUUGUAAUACUGCAGGUCGAGAAUGA